AUGUUAACCACUCCAAAUAUCAUUCCAUCCAGCAUUAUCGUUCGGCUUUUUAUUUUACUGUUUUUCCAAUUUAUUUUGAGUAAUUUUAUUGAAAGAUUGUGGAAUUUAAUUUACACAAACGAAAUGAUGAGAUCCACACUUUUCUACACCACAACAAAUAAUUUACUCAUGGUUAUCUUGUAUGGAUUAUUUUGUGUGGUAGAUAAAAUGUCAAAUCCUGAUUGGCGUCUGAAGGGUCCUAUAAAAUCAAGUGUUGCUGACAGUAGCUUAUAUGGAGAUGCAUGGUUAUAUUUUUGGAGAAAUACUGGUUGUUCAUGGACCAUUGCCUCACUUUUAACAUAUUUGGAACAUGGUGAUUUGCAUGGAGGUUUUACCAUACAAGGAAUUGAAUUUUCAAAAUUUCCAAAACAAGCACCUGGAUUUCCCAGAUUUAUUAUGGAAAUUUUGUUCAUGUUGUUGUGUAUUGACUUUUUCAUGUAUUGGAUGCAUCGAGCUUAUCAUUGGGGAUUUCUUUACAAGUACAUUCACAGUGUUCACCAUGAAUAUCAUGAACCAAUUUCGGUAAAUGCUACUUCUGUGCAUGUUGUCGAGAUUAUCAGCAUGACCGUAGUAGUAUUCAUAGUCCCCAAGGUGCUCUAUGAAAUGAUCGAGUUGCAUCCAUUAUCUAUUUAUUGUAUUUCCUUCAUUACAACGGUGCAUGUUGUUUUGGAACAUUGUGGAUAUGAUGAUUAUUUUGAGUGGUUGACGUUUGGAGUUAUUCCAGUAAGCAAGAUGCAUUUUGUUCAUCAUCAAUUAUCGAGAGUUAAUUAUGGAUUUUAUUUUUAUUUUUGGGAUUGGUUGUUUGGGACUAAAAUGUCAUAUGAGGAGAUGGAUAAAUUAAGGCAAAAAGGAAAGAAGGAAAAUUAA